AUGCCUGCCUACGAGCUCCUGCUACAGAUUAGAAAGCUGCAAAGGCCCGACCUGACCGUGGCCUUGAAACGGGCGGCCAACUUUAUCCUCGACAACAACGGCAUCCUUCGAAAGAUCGAGAACCUGGGCACGCAGCCACUUCAUCAGAGGGUGGGCAAUCCGGUGCCCAAUGCCAAGCCGUACACCGAGGCCAGCUUCUUCCUCUACCACCUGGACACCUCGCCCGAUGUGAUGCGGAAGAUCCACGAGGACUGCCGCCGUGACAAUGACUUUGUACGUGUCUGGUGGGUGAAGAAGGCCAGCGAACUGCCCGACGGUUACCAGUGCACGCUGGAGGAGGAGAUGAAGCCGCCGGCGCUGCGCCAGAGUGUGCAGAAGUUGAUUGAGGAGGGCCGGCGAAAGGAGCCCGCGUACGACAUGGGCGACAAGGCAAAUGUUCGCCAGAUUGCCUAA